AUGGCGCUGGCCAAAGACCAAAAAAUUCCACAUGAUUCAAGCAUGGGCAGCAAGUUUCAAACCUCCAUGAUUGUUCAUAGGGUCAAUGAAAACCACAAACCUGUGUUAGAAGAGGAAGAUGGUUCACAGUGUACUAAUGGGCUCAGCAAUGAUUCAGCAAUAACUCAUUCUCCUUCUCUAUGUGGCAGUGGCAAUGGUUAUGUUUAUAAGGGCACAAACUAUCAGCUCGAAGAAGCAGAAUCACUGAUUAAUUUCAAAGGGUACAGCAAUCUAAUGCAAGUUAGUGAAUCUUUGCUUAGUUUUCAGCAGAACAAGCUGGUUCCCAACAACUGUUACUUGAAAGAUAAUAGUCAGAAAGAGUACUGUGUUUGGGAGAACAAUUUUCAUCAAGGACAUAACCAAUGGAAUCAGAUUAGUCCAAGAAGCACUACAACAGACUUGCGCCUGGUACAGGAUUUUAAUUGCUUUCAAACUGCUAGUGGAUAUAGCUCCAUAGUCAAUGAUGCAAAAGAGAAGCAACAUGGUCAAAGUUCAUCUGGGUGGCUCUACUCAUCACCAACUAUCCCUGAUGAUAGCAUCCAUAAGUCAAGAGCACAAGAAUCUGUCUUGAAAAAGCGCCCUUCUAUGGGAGAAAACAUGAAAGCUUCCAAGAAGCAAUGCUCAACUGAGAGUAAAAUGCCGAAACAUAAGUCAAGCCCAUCCAAGGAUCCUCAAAGUGUGGCUGCCAAGAAUAGAAGAGAGAGAAUAAGUGAGCGGUUGAAAAUACUACAAGAAUUGGUGCCUAAUGGCUCCAAGGUGGGUUUUUUUUUUGUUGAUUUGGUAACCAUGCUGGAGAAAGCAAUUAGUUAUGUGAAAUUUCUUCAACUGCAAGUGAAGGUGUUGGCUACUGAUGAAUUUUGGCCUGUCCAAGGUGGAAAACCUCCUGAUAUUUCUCAGGUAAAAGAAGCAAUCGAUGCCAUUCUUUCAUCACAAAGAGAUCAGAGAAGUUCAAGCUCAAAGUAG